AUGCGGCGCGACAUCUUCACUGCGCUGGCCUUUGGCGCAGCAGUCGCCCUCGCCGCGCCUGUAACUGAUGAGUCGGUGAUGCCGCAUGUGCUGCGGACACGCAACAUUGUCGAGCAGAUCGACGACUCUUACGACUUCGUUGUCGUGGGGGGUGGCCUGGCUGGCCUUGUUUUAGGUGCACGCUUAUCAGAGGAUAAGAAUCACACCGUGCUCGUCCUUGAAGCUGGUAGCAACGGCGAUGAGUAUCGACAACGUAUAGAUACUCCUGCUUAUUCAUAUUUCGAAUCGUUGUGGCCGACGCCAUUGAACUGGAACUUCAACACCACACCCCAAGCACACGCCAAUAACAGUGAACUGCCAUGGCCUCGAGGGAAGGUGCUCGGAGGUUCUUCUGCCAUAAACGGACUAUACAUGAACAGACCGGGUGAAAUCGAGGUCAACGCCUGGCAAGAUAUGCUAGGGGACAUGGCCGGCGCCGAUAAUUGGUCCUGGGACUCGUUCUAUGCAGCUAUGAAGAAGAGCGAAACUUUUUCUCCUCCCGGCGACGUCGUAGCUCAAGAGGCUGGCAUUACUUGGAAUGCUGCCAGCCAUGGGACCAAAGGGCCCAUCCACAUGUCAUAUCCUGGCUACACAUUCCCGCUUGUCAAACAAUGGCUAGAAGCGACAGACAGCCAAGGUGUAGCCAACUCAGAUGACACCUAUGGUGGUGAGAACUGGGGAGCCUACGUUGCAACAUCUGCCAUCAAUCCUACCAAUUGGACCCGUUCUUACAGCCGGUCGGGCUACCUUGACCCUCUCCCACCUCGUCCAAAUUACGACGUGCUCGCAAAUGCCUAUGUUACGCGACUUCUUUUCAACUCCAGCUCCCCGAAGGGCAACUUGUCGGCAAAUGCUGUGGAAUACACUCGCGACAAUGGAGCCAGUAAAAUGAUCGUCAAGGUCAACAAGGAGGUUAUUUUGGCAGGUGGCACUAUCGGCAGCCCUGCAGUCCUCCUACACAGCGGUAUUGGCCCCAAAGAUGUUUUGUCUAGUGCUGGGGUUAUGCUCGUGCAAGAGCUUCCCGGUGUUGGCCAACAUUUGCAAGAUCAUCUGAGUGCGACAAUUCAAUUCAGCACGGAUCAGGCAACAGCUGGCUCGCUGUAUGCUUCAAAUGGCUCAGAAACGUACGACCCUGCUUUUCUCUCUUACAUCAACUCCGCUGUGGCCUAUGUCAACGCCAGCGUUCUCUUCGGUGACGGCGCCGACGGUCUACACUCCGGCAUCAAAGGUCAAGUAGAUUCGUUCACGUCUCUCAUGACCACAGAUGCAGGUGUCGUGGCCGGAAAUAAGGCAAUCUACACCACGACAGCCGACAAAAUCUUUACAAGCCCGCUUGGACUGGUUGAGCUUCUUAUUGGAAAUAAUAACAAUGGUACAGUCAAUAUUGGCGCUGCUCUACAGCAUCCCUACAGCUUUGGCCGGAUUUAUAUCAACUCGUCGAACCCGGUGGACUACCCUGUCAUCGAUCCCAACUACUUGGUGCAUCCAGCCGACGUGCAAACUCUACGUGAAGGACUCAAGCUCGUCCGUCGGAUCGGAACUUCGGGUCCAUUGAAAGUCAGCCUGGAGGAGGAGAUUUGGCCUGGAAAGGAUGUCCAGACUGAUGAUGAAUGGGAUGAAUGGCUACGAGGCUCAGUCUUCACUGAAUUCCAUCCUUCAUCAACUUGCGCCAUGCUUCCUCUCAAGCAAGGCGGAGUGGUCGAUGCCAACCUACGCGUUUAUGGACUGGCCAACGUUCGUGUCGCCGAUGCCAGCGUCCCUCCGAUCUCCUUCUCGGCUCAUCUAAUGGCCUCAACCUAUGGCCUAGCGGAGCAAGCAAGCACGAUCAUUCGGGCUUACCACAACCGACCAGUCUCAAAAUCCUCCAACUCUACCUCCUCUAACAAUACAUCGACAACAAACUCUAACGAAUCAGGCCAGCAGUCUAGUGCUAAUUCUAAUGGGAAUGCAAGUGGCGAUGCAAAAGAGCCAAAUGGCGGGGCUGGGUUGACUGUGCAUCCAUGGCCGGUAUUGUUUGCCAUGGCAACGUGCAUCGCUUCAGUCGUUUUGUUUUAA